AUGAGAACGUUGGCCGCGUCUACUUUGUUUUGGCUAUUGUGGUUUAGCUCCAACAUUUGCUUGAAGUGUGAGGAGCGUAAUUUUCGCAUAAAGAUGGAUGAGUUUUCAGUUAAAUAUAAGGUGCGCGAUUUGAUACAGCAUAUAGAUUUCCGAAUCGUAAAUCUGAACAAUCGGAGUUACGUCAACGGCGAAAUGAUAGUGAAGUCUGAUGUGGAGGAUAUAAUAAUGCACACAACCAUGGAUUUUUGGAAGACAUCUAACCAAAAGAAACUAAAACUAUAUGAUGGUCGUUUGGAUGCAUGUCAAUUCCUAAAAACUUCUCACCGCAAUGGAUUGUUUAAAAUUUACGUGAAAAGUUUUAAGAAGCACGUGCAUGGAAAUCUAACUUGUCCCUUAAGAAUGAAUUUCAACUAUACCCUGACAAAUUGGCAUAUGGAUGAGAAGGAUCUUCCUCCGUUUGUGCCUUUGGGUAAAUUUCGCACUGUCACCGAAUAUUUUACACAAGAACGAUUGGCACUGCGAAUUGUGACGCAAGGAAAAGUGCUUUCUUACAGGACGAAUUGA